AUGCUCUGUCACCACCUCCUGAACGUGAUGAACCUACUGGCCACCUGCUUCGUCCUUCUCAAGGCAGUCUACCUCAAGGGCGUCCAGAUGCUGCUACCCCUACAGUUGUGGGAGAGGCGUGGGCGGUGGGUCAGCUUCCUGAUCAAGCUUCUCUACACCUCCACCAUGCCCAUCUUCCUGUACUCCGCCAUGGUAUUGGCCCUCUACAUGGUGUCGCAGCUGCUUCACUACAGUCACUUCAGUGGUGGCAUCCUUGGUCGUCUGCUUGGUGUGUGGAAGGAGGCUAGCUACGUCGCCGUCUCGAUCACUGGCCUCACCUAUUACGUCACCCUACCGUCCAGUGUGGCCAUCGACUCGCUCCACGUGCUCAUCUACACCGUGCUACUACUCGCCUCGUGCACGCUGCUCUUUCAGUUUUGGGUGAUCACUUUAGGGUCGUCGGCGAGGGACAUCACGAGGCAGCUCAAGGACCAGCGCCUGGCCAUGCCUGGAAGGGGUGAUGGUGCUACCUAUGCAUAG